UUGAUGUUUUAAUGCAUAUUCAUAUAUUCUUACUCCACUCUUUUUUUGUGUAUAUAAAUAGGAUGUCUCACCUGGGUUUUAUUUCAUUGCAUUCUACUCCCAAUUAUUAGACAAUAAUCUCACUUUCAACUAAUAGGAUUACUUAACUGUACACUAUUCUGCAACUUCAAUAUGAGCUAUUCCAAUUACUCAACUGGCUCUGGUGCAAGAAGUGGUAGGAGAACCUUUGAAUUUGGAAGGACCCAUGUGGUUAGGCCAAAAGGAAGGCACCUUGCAACAAUUGUUUGGCUACAUGGACUUGGUGAUAAUGGUGCAAGUGCUUGUCAACUCUUGGAAUCUCUCCCACUUCCAAAUGUUAAGUUUAUAUGCCCAACUGCUCCUACUCGUCCUGUUGCAUUACUCGGUGGAUUUACAUGCACAUCAUGGUUUGAUGUAGCUGAAAUAUCAGAGGAUAGUCCGGAUGAUUUUGAAGGAUUGGAUGCCUCAGCUGCACAUAUUGCAAAUCUGUUGUCAACUGAGCCAGCUGAUGUAAAACUUGGUAUUGGAGGAUUCAGUAUGGGUGCAGCAGUUGCACUCUAUUCAGCAUCCUGUUUUGCCGUAGGAAAGUAUGCUAAUGGUAACUUUUAUCCAAUAAACUUAAGGGCAAUAGUAGGACUCAGUGGUUGGCUUCCUGGUUCUAGAACCCUUAGGAAUAAGAUUGGAUGUUCACAUGAUGCAGCAAGGAGGGCUGCAUCCUUGCCGAUUUUCCUGUGUCAUGGCAAAUCUGACGAAGUAGUCUCAUUCAAAUUCGGAGAGAAAUCAGCUCAUGCCUUAACUUAUGCUGGAUUCCAACUUCUUACAUUCUCGAGCCAUAAUGGACUUGGGCAUUACACAGUUCCAAGGGAGAUGGAUGAAGUGUGCAAUUUCUUGGUAUCAAGGUUGGGGCUCGAAUGUUUUCGUUGAGGGAUGGAUUAAAAUUUAUUGAAAGAUUAUUUGAGAUCAAUGUAAACAAGAUAUAAAUGAAAUGGUUGAUUGAAGAAUGAAGAAUAUAGUAAAGGGCAUACAAUACAGUAUAGGGUGGUUUGCAGAUAUUCUAUAUACGUUUUUCGGCUCUUAGCCUGUCCUCUAAUAAGUUUAUGUAAUUGUUUUGAAAGUUCUUUUUGUUUUUGUUUCAUUAGUUCUUUUGGAUUGGUUUCUAGGUAUGUAACUAAUGAGAUUGGUUGUUCUAUUAUAUAAAUAAAUAAAUAUUUUACUGUUGAAA